CCAAGCGGGCGCCCUUGCGCAGCGCCGCUUCCCCCGCGGGGGCCGCGGGCGAACAUCUGGGGAGGCCCUUGCCUCCCGCUCAACAGCUGGAAUAGCCGCCCCUCCCCCCCCGCGAGGGAGGGCUCUUGGCGGCCACAUCUGGCAGAGGGGGGCGGCGCAGCUGGCGGGCGCGCCCCUGCCCCGCACAUCUGGAAAGGCCCCGGGGGGGGGCUGUGGAAAUGGGGAAAUCCUCCUGAUUUGCAUAGCGGGCCCGGCCUGGCGGGGGGCGGGGCGGCGCGGGGGGGAUGCGAGGGCCGAGGCGGCCCGAGGAGCAGGAGCGGGAGCAGCAGGAGGAAGAGGAGGAAGAGGAGAGCGCGGCGCGCGGGACGUGGCUGCGCGCGCCCUGCCGCGCGCCCAGGAUGAAGAUGAUCGGUGCCCUGCUAGUUACUCUAUGGCUGUGUAUGAUCACCCUCAGCAGCAGCUCCGAACGCUGUGAUGACUGGGGUGUGGACACCAUGAAACAGAUCCAGAUUUACGAUGGCGAACCUGCUAAGAUCAAAUGCCCGCUCUUCGAGACCUUCCUGAAGUACAACUACAGCACAGCCCAUUCUGCUGGCUUAACCCUGAUUUGGUACAGGAUUGGACAGGACCGGGAUCUGGAGGAGCCCAUUAACUUCCGUCUCCCAGACAAUCGCAUCAGUAAGGAGAAAGACACCCUUUGGUUCUGGCCUGCCCUUCUAAAUGACACUGGGAAUUAUACAUGCAUGCUCAGAAAUACAACCUACUGCAGCAAAGUUGCGUUUCCCUUGGAGGUUGUUGCAAAAGACCAAUACUCUUGUGUCAGUCAUUCGAUAAAACCAACUGAGGAGAUGUUCUACCUGGAGCACGCUAAUGAGAAGAUUAUAUGUCCAGAUAUUGAUGGGUUUUAUCCUGCUAGUGUAACACCAACUGUCAAAUGGUACCGGAACUGCAAGCUGGUGGAUGGCUUCUACGAGCGAUAUCCCCAAGGGCCCAAGCUUGUUAUUGGCAUUGUUCGCAGUGUGUAUGAAGGGAAUUACACUUGCAUUGUGACAUUCAAGGACCACGGAAGAACGUACAAUCUCACUAGAACCAUAAAGAUGAAGGUUGUGGGGUCUCCCAACAAGGCCUUGCCACCACAAUUCACGUCUCCGAAUGAGAAAGUUGUAUACGAGCUGGACCCAGGAGAUGACCUUGUUCUGUCCUGUGAAGUCUUCUUCACUUUCUUGAAGGACUCCCGGACUGAGGUGUGGUGGACCAUAGAUGGGAAAAACACAGAUGACAUCAUGGACCCCAAGAUAAAAGUCACACAAAGUGAAACUAUUGAAAGCUUUGAAGACAAAACUAUCAUAAGGACUCUAAUGGUUGCAAAAGCCACACCAGAGGACUUGAAACGCAAUUACACUUGCUACGCCAGAAAUGCCAGAGGGGAGGACCAUAGCCAGGCCAUAGUGCGCAUGAAAGUUGUGCCACCAAAGUACACCGUGGAGCUGGCCUGCGGACUGGGAGCAACCAUCCUGCUUGUUGUGGUGCUGAUAGUCGUCUAUCACGUUUAUUGGCUUGAAAUGGUUCUCUUCUAUCGGGCCCAUUUUGGAACAGAUGAAAUCAUUCUAGAUGGGAAGGAGUACGAUGUAUACGUGUCCUAUGCACGAAAUGCAGAAGAGGAAGAAUUUGUGCUGCUGACGCUGCGGGGAGUCUUGGAGAAUGAGUUUGGGUACAAGCUGUGUAUCUUCGACAGAGACAGCCUCCCCGGGGGAAUUGUCACAGAUGAAACCCUGAGCUUCAUCCAGAAAAGCCGCCGCCUGCUUGUUGUCCUGAGCCCCAACUACGUCUUGCAGGGGACACAAGCCCUGCUGGAGCUCAAGGCUGGUCUAGAGAAUAUGGCCUCCAAGGGCAGCAUCAAAGUCAUUCUAGUGCAGUACAAAGCCAUCAAGAAGAGCAAGGUGAAGGAGCUGAAGCAGGCCAAGGCAGCCUUGACUGUCAUUAAAUGGAAAGGCGAGAAAUCCAAGUUUCCGAAGGGCAGGUUCUGGAAGCAGCUGCAGGUGGAAAUGCCGGUAAAAAAAAUGAGCAGGAGUUCAAGCCUCGAUGGGCAAGAGCCUUCAUAUUUCUCCCUGAGAAAUGUUUGACGCUAUCAUAAAAAAAAAAUCCACAAGUUAGGCUGGGGAGUGGGAUGGAACUCAGGGUUUGCCAUGAAGGACCCUGUCCCAAACAUUUCAGAGGACAGUCGUGCCUCCCUUCAGCUUUCCUACUGCCCUGACCAAAGAUGGACACACCUCCUUUCUGCAAAAGCUAACACUUUAAUCAACUACAAAAGUCCCAGGCCUAAGGUCUGAAUUUGGACUGCGUAGGUGGGGUGCAGCCAGCACCUGGUGAUAGCAUAGCAUUAGUACAGGCCAGUACUCCUAGCUCCAGUUUCUAUUGGACCCUCUUUAAAUUCCUGGGCAGGACUCUUUUCCUCUCCUAAGCAGCUUCACUCCUUCCUGUUCGCUGGUCCCCACUGUGGAGGCUGGGGAACGGUUUGAACAGUGUCUCCAACAUGGAGCCUUUCACAUGUGUCCCCACCUCAUAGUCCUGCGGGAUCGCAGAUAUCUGCUUCUGGGGGGGAAGCGCACUACAACCCCUAUGCUCUUGAGGCUCCUCGUUGUCUGUCCCCACACUCCUGUAGGAGCAGACGCAUUCAGGUAGUUUGCCAGUGUGAAAUGGCUGUUACAGAAGCAAACCUUUUUGGUUUUUUAAAGCUCUGCUAUGUGCUAUUUGUACUGUAUCAUUUCUACUAAUAAGUGGUCAGUCUCUGGGACUCUGCAGUCUUCCAAGUGUCUCAGAUCCUUCAGGGCUGUAAUGCUUUUAAUCCAGGGGAAUCUCCUGUUAGCACAGGUCAUGGAGCAUGCGUGAGAGGUGCUUAUCUGUAGAAUAAACUCAGGGACUUCACAAGCACUGCAGGAAACCCCAAUUUACUACUGAACACCCCUGCUCUGUCUGUGCUGCUCCAGUGGGAAAGCAUUGUGGAAAGUGCUGCCGAGGACACCAGCAUAACACUAGAUAUCUGCCCAGCUUCCCAGGGGACCCCACAAACUUAUCUGACCUUUCUUUCCCUUAUUAAAAGCUAUUAAGUCUAUCCAGCUGGAUAGUAGCUCUCGGAUGAUACUGCCUGGGUAUGAUGGGCAUCACUGUUUUUGUAAUUCAGGGCUCGGAUUUAAACCCACCUCGUUUUUUACGGAGGAAACCUCUGCCCCUCUUGUUCUCAGUCCAGAGUUGCAGAACAGAAGCUCUAUCUCAGCUUCUGCAGUCUUUCACAAAAGCCACAGAGUACCAGUCCUUGCUUAAAUGGGAGGCAGUAGCAUAGGAAAGGGCCUGUGUGUUAAUGCACCUGCAGACGGCCCUUUCAGACGAAGGGGGAGUGUCCCCUCCCUUGUAGGACAGACCAAAGCACAGCAGGCCUUGGCUGGUACUGUUGUUCACGAUGUUUUCACAGAAUAGAACAGGCUCUGGGGGUGCCUCCAUAUUCCCGUAACUACCUAUACAGGGACCUUCUCACGUAAUUGUGGAAUUCAGUGUUACACACACUAAAUGCAUGUUUAGUUUUUGUAGAUAAUGAUCACUCUUGAGUCAGCUGUGACUCAGGCUUUCACUCUGCUGGUGUCCAGUGGAUGAGGUGUAGCCAUCCAUAAUGGCAUUAAGAAAAGCACUACGAGUUGGAGUAUAUGCACUGUUCACUUAAGUGGGCUGCGAGGUUUGUGGGUGACCCAGCAAGCAGCCCAGCUUUAAAGGUGUGGGGCUGAUUCCUGGUGUCAGCAAAGCCCCCUUGCCCGUAUGAUUGUAUGUUUGCUAAUGGUAUUCCAGGGGAGCUGGGAGCCCCAGCCACCCACACCACUGGGCCAGGUACUGUAAAAACGUGGAACAAAUAGAGCUUUCUUCUUUCUUGCCUUUGCCUUCAUCUGCCCUCCCCCCCACCCCCAAUAAGCUUUGUGUUAAGCAGGUGAAAAAUUGCAGUCAGCUUCACUGAAGGCAGUGGAGCCUCUCAUCUGCUCAGAGGUGCUUAAAACUUUUGCUGUUGCUGAGCCUUCCUGCUAUGUCUGUCUGCAGAAAGGCAGAGCAGAUUCCCACACUCCACGAAGCUUCGUUUGUAUGAGACAGCACCCAAAAACAUGCUAAGCUUUGUGAGGCCGUUGCAACUGCAUCAUUUUGCCCAGCUUCACCUUUUUGUUCAUGUUUUCAGCAUCUCUGUAAGCAGCUGCCAGAUCUGCAGGCAGAGGGAAGGCCCUGAGGCCAAAGCAGAACUGUGUUAGAUUCCAAUUUGAUUUUUAAAAAAUUGUCUCAGAAACAUGCAUAAAUUCAAUUAACAUCCCAGACCUCGCCACAUUGCAUCUCACUUUUGGCUGAGGCCCCAAGAAAGUUUCUGCUGAUACUUUACUAAGUCUGAUUAUUUAGGAAAUUAAAGCCCCCUGAUUUACUUUGCUGUUUUUAUUCUCAAAGUUUUCCAAAUAAAUAACGGGCCUGGUCUUUCUCUGGCAUACAGUGCAAUGGCCUUUGAUGCCAUUGCAACUCCAGAACAGGAUUACCAAGAGAUGUGAAGCAAAAGCUCAGCAGAGCACCCACAAGGCAAAAGGUGAGGUGAUCUAAAAUGGGCAUGAGAUGUCAAAAGGGAGCAGUGUGGAAGGAGUGGACUGGAGCUUGACCACUGGCUUCAGUGGGAGCUGCCAGACCAGGGGCAAACCCAAAUGUCAGCUGCAAUGCAGCUCUGCAAAGCUCCUCAAAUAAACCUUCCGUUGCUUCCUAUGCCACAUGGGGUUUCCAUUAGAGAUGAUCCUGUCACAGUGUCUGUCUAGUUCAGUUGAUUCAUUUGAGUCUCUGUGCUGUAACCUAACAUUUAUCAAUAUGCAGCUCGUGCAAAGUUCCUCAUUGUUAUUUCAUGGGGAAACAGCUUUGCACAAAUUGGAAUGGAUAUUUUCCCCUGUGCUGUUAGAUGUUUUACAGCUGUUCCAGAGUUUUCCCUUCUGUUUUCUGUAUGUUUUUGCCUUUGUGUUAUUUGGUCUGUGAAGUGUCAGUGUUAUUUUAUUUUGCUUUUCAAUAAAACAUUUUCACUUUUGCAUUUCA